GUUUGCUGUCAGUGUUGGCUACUGGAAGGACCCUUACAUCCAGUAUUUUGUGAGACAAUCCAAAGAAAGAAAAGCACCUGAAAUCAACAGAGGCUAUUAUGCUCGUGUUCAUGGAGUCAGUUAUCUGAUCAAAGCUUUUCUAAAGAGGACCGAGUGCAACUGUCAAAUUGUUAACCUUGGUGCUGGCAUGGAUACCCUGUUCUGGAGAUUAAAGGAUGAAAAUCUUCUCCCUACAAAAUACUUCGAGGUGGAUUUUCCAAUGAUAGUUGCCAGAAAAAUUCAUAAUAUCAAAUCAAAACCUCCCCUGUCAAAACCAAUUAUGGAAUCCCAUUCAGGAGACUCUCUUCUAAUAGAUUCUCACAGCCUAGACUCCAGUCGAUAUUCCAUAGUAGGAGCAGAUCUCCGUUUCUCAUCAGAUCUGGAGGAAAAGCUAAAGAAACAUAACCUGGAUAUACAUUUGCCAACGCUUCUGGUAGCGGAGUGUGUGCUGGUUUACAUGACACCACAGCAAUCUGCAAAUCUUUUAAAGUGGGCAGCAAGCACUUUUCCAGUGGUGAUGUUUAUAAAUUAUGAGCAGGUGAAUAUGACGGACCGGUUUGGACAGAUCAUGAUUGAGAACUUGCAGAGACGACAGUGUAACCUGGCUGGAGUGGAAGUCUGCAGAUCCUUAGACUCUCAGAGGGAACGAUUGCUGUUAAAUGGCUGGGAAACUGCACGUGCCAUUGAUAUGAUGAAAGUGUACAGCUUUUUGCCAGAGGCUGACAUCAAAAGAAUAGAAGGACUUGAAUUCCUCGAUGAAAAGGAACUGUUUGAACAACUAAUGCAGCACUACUGCAUCUGCUGGGCUUCGAAGGACAGCAGUAAUCUGGGUCUCGCAAACAUCACGUUCUAG